AUGCUCGCCGCGUCGGAGGAGUGGGAGUGUCUGGGCGGAAGCGGGAGUGGGACAAUGAUUAUGCUUUCUGCGCUGGAGCCGAUGGAGCCAUGCAGGAACCCGCCGCCGUCGCCGCCGAAGCCUUCUUCGCUGCCACUCCAUAGUAAUCUGCAGAGUGCUCAGGGCCCCCUCGGCCACGCUGCUACUCACACCACCCUGCUCCAUGUGCAACUUCGCCUUCGCCAUCGCCAUCGCCAUGUCCCACGCCUCCCGCUCCCUCCCCAGCUGCUGAUCUGCAAUUCCGCCCCGCUGCCACGUCUCCGAGAACAUGCGCAUGCCACGACGAUGGGAGACCCCGCGCCGUCGACCAGCAGCACCGCUCCGCCGAAAGCGCCCAUGACAAAUGCCGAAUUGGUCGCCUUUGUGACCAAGGAGCUGGAGCAGGAUGACGAGCGCCAGGCCAAAGUGCAGGCGGCCGCUGCCGCUUGUGACAUCCCGAAUGCCACCCAGACUGGCAGCACGCUCGAUCUCAGUCACAAGAACAUCAGCGUGCUGCCCGCCGAGGUCGUGCUAUUGAUCAAGGAUCGCGUCGAGAGGCUCGCCCUCUCACACAACCCGCGCAUAUCAUUACCACCAGCAAUAUCGCAGUGCGAUCGCUUGCGCUAUCUCAAUUUGCGAUGGAACAAGCUGAGACACUUUCCCGAAGCGGUGCUCUCGCUGUCGAAACUGGAGAUCCUGGACAUCAGCAAGAACCAGAUCGAUGUCAUACCCGAGGACAUCAAGAAAAUGGCCAACCUCAAAUUCCUGGCCGUCGCGAGAAACCAAAUACGCCGAUUGCCACUGGCCUUGGGUGAGAUGAAUCUGGUGAAGCUGAAGUUCGACGAGAACCCUAUCGAGUUCCCUCCGCCGGAGGUUCUCAAGCCAUCUACUGAUCGAUCAUUGAUUGAGUCGGAGAAGGACAAAGACAUGUGCCAGCAGGUCAAACGAUUCAUGAAGGCUACUGCGCUUAGGGAGCGAUUGAGAGCAAGUUCGGAUGAAGACAUGAGAGAUAGUACUGUCGAAACACCCCGCCCGCCAAAGCCUGGUCGCAUGGGUGGUCGCUUUCCCGUGAGGCCCAGCAUCAGUGGUAUCGAGAACAUUGAGAGUCUGAAAUCCGACUCUCCGCCUGAACCACCUCCCAUACCUCAGAGAUCUCACGCUCGAGGCUUGUCAUCAAAUAGCCAAACAUUCAUCAAGCGACCUGGAAUUGCGCCUUUACUCACUGGAGCUCAGGAUCCACACAGAACUCGCAGUGAGACAGUCGGCAGUUCUGCUAAUAUACGAAACAGGAGGCAAGGCUAUGUGCCGCGAAAGAAUGCGAAAAUGAACUCUUUGAGCGAGAUGCAAUCGCAGCUGUCGGCGAGAUCUAGCGCAGCACCCACUCUCACGCCGCCACACUCCCGCGCACCAAGCGUGACCUCAAAUUACAACGGCUACCUGAGUGCUGGGGGUGAGAGUUCAUCUGGUGCAAUCAGUCCCAUUGACGGUCCUGUUAGCCGGGCAAUGCUGUCGCGAAAGCUCUCCAGCUUGCCCGAAAGUCGAAACUCGCGGCUGCCAACAAUCAACGCCAUUAAGGCUGUGAGGCGUGUACUAUUCAUGCUAUUCUAUCUACAUCGACCUAUCGCCGACAUUGCUCAGCAGCUUGGUAGCGGAACGCCUCGGAGGUCGACGCUGGAACGCCAAGUGUUCAGCGCAAAUGCUCAAAUCGACGAGCUUGAUCGUCUCCUCAACAAUGCCAACAACAUUAUGGAAGACAACAUGGAAGUGGACUCAGCAAUGCUGGUGGCCAUCGUUCGAGCAGCCAUCACCGCACUUCGCAUGCAUGUCUUUGUUGUGAAGGAGCUGAAUCGAAAUCGACAGCAGAUAGUGAAGCGGGUCGACGCUUUCCAUGUCCGAUGUGUUAUCAAUUCAGCGUAUACAACAAUGCUGGAAGCACAGAAUGUCUGCCAUAUGCUGGGCUUCGAGACCAAGCCAGCAGAUCGGCGCAACACACUCCGCAUCUCACAGGGCCCUUGGAGCAGUCGGACAGUCACACCUACCCAGCCCAAACCAUCUGGCAGCCGCAGACGAGGCGCCACCAUCCUACCUUCCACAAGCAGUGUGACAAAUUACCGGGGCAUGGUACCACCAGUGCCACUGCACUCGAAUGGCAGUAGAAGCAACACCAUGACCUCGGUCAGCACUGCUGCUACACCUCGCUGGAAUCAGUCAUUCCCGGACCUCGCAACCCAAAUGUCGAGAAGUAAUACCAUGCGCAGCGUGCUUACCGAGACAGAUGGCGAGGACAACAGCGAUAGACUGUACUUCAAGCUGAAAGCGUGCUGCGACCUGGCAUACUCGACGCUCCCUCUUGUUCGCGAUGAUCUUCUCAAUCGCAAGACGAAGGAAGACCGGAGCGGGCACUUGAGCAUCAGCAGAAUGUACGCGAAUGCUGUCAACAAAUGUGACUUCGCCAUCGCCACGAACAACAAGCUGCUUGCAAGGCUGAAAGUAAUGAAACUUGGCGAUCCUGCCAGGUAUGCUGGCGAGUUCAAGAACAUGGCCGAAACCUUCACCAAAGACUGGGCGCACUUCGCCGAAGAGGUUAUGGCACUUGCUCGAGAAGGCCUUGACAUUGGUAACAUCAAGCACCAACUCAAGCCGCUUCAGGGCGCGGUCAGAGACGUCACACGAACCGCACAGCAAAGCUCGCCGCCAUCGACGAAGCCGCCUCCAUCAGCAUCCCUCGUUGGCGGCUUUCCUCCACCGCUGAACACCGCCCUUGCCCAGCAGAGCAUGGUACCUGGUCCGCCUACAGGAAUUCCCGUGCCAGCGACACCUAUUGGGGCAGCAUUAGGUCCGGCAGUUCAAGCGAUUGUCCCACCAACACCUACGACUUCAUUCAACAGUGCAGAAUACAGCUUCCCACCGCCACCUCCUCUACCGACGGGCGGAUCGAAUGCAAGCACAGCGAGCUUGACAAGUCUCAGCAGUCGAACGCGGGCAGGCGAGACGAACCCGACAUCUUAUCCCAGGAGAUAA